CCAAAACCCAAUUGUCUAGAGAGGAAAGGUUCCUUCCUUCUUUUCUUCCCCCAGGAGCCCAACAAUCGCUCCUCCUUCCUUUACAAUGUUUAAUACAGUCAGACAUACCAAAGAAGUAGGGCAUCGCCUCUUCUUUUCUUCCCUUCUGAACCAUUAUUACUCUUAAGGAGUAAGAAUGGUGUUUUUGUGCAAACCCCCCUCAGUCAAACAAUAGAAAUGGCGCACAAAUGAAAUCUCAAAUCUUCUAAAUUCAAAUUUCAAAUCCCUGCAAUAAAGUCACACCUUCUACACUCUAUCAAUGUUCUAAAUUUUGAGAAUGAGGCCUCAGGUUGUUUUUGCAUAUCAAUAUUCUAUAUAAUCCACGUCUCUGUUCUUCAUCUCUCUGAGGUAUGAAUUUUUAUCCCCUCUCAUCCCCAAAUCCCCAUACGUUCACUACUUUCAUCUAUAGAGAGAGAACCAGAGAAAAAGAAGAGAGAGAGAGAGAGAGAGCGGGGAGAGAGAGCAACGAUCCUUCCCUCAAAAUCGUUGAUGUUCCAGAAAUUGUUGUUCAAGUGCUUGAUCUGAAACCAACAGGGUGAUGAAGAUGACAGAGAUGGUGGUUGGAGCUAUAGCCGUGAUUCCUAUCAGCUAGGGUUUCCGGCGAAGAAGGUCGAUCAAACAAAGACAAAAUGGUCCCCGGUUUUCUUGCUUGCCUCAAAAUGAAUGCCAUCGUAUGCAAUGAGAGAAGCCAGAAAUGAAGGUGGGCGUGGCGGGCGUGGUGGUCGUGGGUACGGUCGUGGUGGGCGUGGAAGUGGUGGAUACAAUAGAGAUUCGGCCAACAAUGAGGGUUCGUUUGGUAACCAUGGUAUCGAAGAGUCUGAUGGAAAGUCUUCUGAGAGACGUGGUGGUGGUUAUGGUGGUCCUCAUGGCGGUUUUCGUGGUGACCGUCGUGUGUCUUUUGCUAAUGGUGAUGGUGGUGAGGAUGGAGAACGUCCACGUAGGACAUAUGAACGUCAUAGCGGCACAGGGCGUGGGAAUAUAUUCAAGCGCGAGGGAGCGGGCCGUGGGAACUGGGGAACUCAGGCUGAUGAAAUCAACCAGGAGAUUCAAGAAGAGGUGGUUGAAAACGAGAAAAACGUGGCGUUUGAUAGGCCCGAUCCCGAGGAAGACACAGCUGAUGUGAAAAACGACAUGGCUAAUGAACGUGUCGAGGAGCCUGAGAAUAAAGAAAUGACGCUUGAAGAAUACCAGAAGGUUUUAGAAGAGAAGCGGAAAGCUCUGGAAGCACUCAAGACCGAAGAACGGAAGGUGGAAGUUGACAAAGAGCUUGCAUCCAUGCAGCAACUCUCAAACAAGAAAACUAAUGAUGACAUUUUUGUCAAAUUGGGUUCUGAUAAAGAUAAACGUAAAGAGAUUGCUGAAAAAGAAGAACGCGCUAAGAAGUCACUCAGCAUCAACGAGUUUUUGAAACCUGCCGAAGGUGAACGGUAUUACGCCCCAGGCAGCCGUGGGCGUGGGCACGGCAGUAGAGGCAGCGGUCGUUUUAACCAAGGCGGUGGUUCAAGCUAUGCACACGAAGCUCCCAAAAUCGAGGAUCCUAGAUAGUUAUUAACUUUUAACUGGAUAUACCAAUCAUAUACAAUAAACUUUAUACAAUGAAUAUAGAAUGUUGGUGUUACGUUUA